AUGUGGCUCCUGCGGUUCAGUAAUCCCCCGAUUUUGUGUUUAUUGAUAUGCAUUGGACUCGGUGUGACUCUUCAAGAGGAAUGGAACGAGAGUCUUGACGCGGCUGAGGACAGCAGCGCCGAUUUCUUCGAUUUUCCUCUGUCCAAAUUGCUGAAGCAGAUGAAGCAGAUUGAAGCAGAGAGGGAGGAGGAGGUUGAGGAGAUCCCCGAGUCGAUCAGGAAGAAGGUGCCGAAGCCUUCGGCCAUCGAACCCGAAGCGGAAAUGCUGCCUGCUCAUUACACCGGCGUCAAACCUCCUGGAGUUGAUCACAUGGAGCUUGUGAUAACCGACGCGAAAAUGGAGAACUCUGAUGGAGAUGUUUACAUGAUCGCUGUGAAGAAUAAGAAGAAUCCGCAGGUGAAGAAAGGGACUGAUAAGAUUCACAAGAAGCAUUUCAGGAUGAUUAAAAAGAAGAAAUCAGGGGACAAUCCCGAAGGUUCGGAGCACUCGAAGCAGCGGAGGAAUAUGAAGACUGUCCGGAAUUUUGUUUACGAGGGUGUUUUCGAGAGGGAAGGGAAUUCUGAAGGGGGUGAGGACCAGCGAUCUCAGGAAGAAAGGAGGCGGGAUGGUAAAUUGUAA